UUAAACGUUCGUAUUGAUAUUCUCUAAAUUUGGCAACUUCAAUGGUCGCUCGAAGCAUGAAACCAACUCUCCGAGCUAUUCACCAAAACCAGCCUAAACCAGCAUCUACGUGCGCGUACUGUCUCCACGUGCUAUGCAAAACGUUGUUGUGCGUGUUUCUUGUGGCUCGUCAGAGCGACGCUGUUUCAGCGACGACAGCGGGACGCACGACGUUGACGAAGAUGAUUGCGCGAGAUCUGAACGGUGGUUCGAGCAUCGGGUACGCGUACAAUCAGCAACAGGGUCUUCCGGUUUACUACGUGCGGUACACCAAUCACGGAAGUGGACGUUACUAUCAUGCACCGGCCGUGCAGUACGUCGCUACACCUGUUGCGCCCGCUGUUCCUGCAACAACGUUCCUACACCCCUACGUAACCGCGCUGGAUGUUCCGCGCCCCAGCCACCAAGGAACUGCCAAUUACCGUAACGAGCAAUCGUUGGAACAGCCGGUUGCGCUUCCCGUCUCGCAUCACGUUGACGAGGGCAGCGAGAAGGAAGAAACUACGCGGCAAGAGAGCGUUGAAGAGGACCGCGAUAACGAGGAGAGUAAGGAGGACGAAGAGGAUGAAGAGAGCGAUCACGCAGACGGUGUCGGGGAUGAAGACAUUCACGGCGAGUCUCACGCUGGUUCGGUGGAGACGUUUGAGCAUGGUCGCGAGGGAGUUGGUGAAUUCACUCCAAGGGGUAACGGUGGUUUGGCGGAGGAAGGGGGAGGAGAGAAGAACGCGAAUGAAGAGUAUUCGGAGGAUGGGACGAAGGGAGAGAAGAAAUAUGAGAAGGAGGGAGAGUCGAGUGAAACGGAGGCUGGUAGCGACGACAGCGAACACGAGGAAGGAUACUACGAGAACAACGGCGAACACGCGAAAGGACACGCUGCCCAAGUUGAAAAGCACGGUUCCUACGAUGAGGCGGAGAAAUUCAAAGAUGUCGGUAGUUACGGACACUCGUCGUACCACAAGAAGGGGCAUAGAACUAAUGGUUACCACAAUGUCUUUCACAAGGACGAGUACAAGAAGGAGACGGACUUCUACGGCGAUGACCAUAAGAAAGGUCAUUUCGAGGAGUACGAGGAAUUCGACAAAGGUGACAAGAGCGACGAGGCUGAUUUCAAGAAAGGCGGUAGCCAUUCCUCCGGUCACGAUUAUCAAGAUCGAGGAAAGAAAGGGAGAUACGAUAAGGGACGUCGUGACAACCAGGAUCAAGGUCAUCGGGCUGAAAAAGGCGAGGAAUCGUAUUAUUCGAGCCACGUGGAUCACAGCGUCGAAGAAGAUUCGAAGUCGAACAGAGCGCACAAAUUUCGCAAAGGAGAUUAUUGAAACGUUUUAUUGUUUAUUGUACUUUGCAAGCCAUGAUUUUCUAAGCUACGUCAGUGUUUUAUCUAUACUGCGUUGCAUAAUAUAAAUAUAAUUGUCGAACGAAUAAAUCCCAAUGGGACAAAGUUCUACAAUUAAAUCUACAAUUAAUGAGUUGUAAAUUUGCCAGUUUUUGUUGGCGUUGUUGUUUGAUAAAUUCGAUCGAAUCCGUUCAUACAAUGAUUCCCGCUUCAGUUUACACGAACUUUUUCAAAACUGAUUUAUACGAAUUCAUAUUUUUAUAUGUACGAUUGAAAAAAUAGAAAU